AUGGCCCAGCCCUACCCCCCGGCCCAGUACCCCCCUCCACCACAGAACAGCAUCCCCGCCGAGUACGCCCCGCCCCCGCCCCACCCCGCACAGGACUACUCAGGCCAGACCCCCGUGCCCCCGGAACACGGCAUGGCCCUGUACACACCAGCACAGAGCCACCCUGAGGAGCCGGGCACCGACGCCAGCACACAGUCCAUAGCUGGGACACAGACCGUGCCGCAGACAGGCGAAGCAGCACAGACAGCCAGCCAGACGCUGCACCCCUCCGACCCCACAGAGAAGCAGCAGCCCAAGCGGUUACACGUCUCCAACAUCCCCUUUCGGUUCAGGGACCCCGACCUGCGGCAAAUGUUCGGGCAAUUCGGAAAAAUCCUAGACGUGGAGAUCAUUUUUAACGAGCGGGGCUCCAAGGGCUUUGGGUUUGUAACUUUUGAAACUAGCUCAGAUGCUGACCGAGCCCGGGAGAAGCUGAACGGGACCAUCGUAGAGGGACGGAAAAUUGAGGUAAAUAACGCCACAGCCCGAGUCAUGACCAACAAGAAGACGGUGAACCCCUACACCAAUGGCUGGAAGUUAAACCCCAUGGUAGGUGCCGUCUAUGGACCUGAAUUCUAUGCAGUGACUGGGUUCCCCUACCCCACCACCGGCACAGCGGUGGCCUACCGGGGCGCGCACCUCCGGGGCCGGGGCCGGGCGGUGUACAACACGUUUCGGGCUGCGCCGCCCCCGCCUCCCAUCCCAGCUUACGGAGCGGUCGUGUAUCAGGAUGGAUUUUACGGUGCUGAGAUUUAUGGAGGCUAUGCAGCCUACAGAUACGCUCAGCCCGCAGCAGCCGCCGCCUACAGCGACAGUUACGGCAGAGUGUACGCCACCGCUGACCCCUACCAUCACACUGUCGGCCCCGCAGCGACCUACAGCAUCGGAACCAUGGCUAGCCUCUGCCGAGGAGGGUACAGCCGCUUCACCCCCUACUAG